AAUUGAAUUAGUUUGUUCUUCAACUUGUAAUUGUAAAUAAACCCUGAAAGGUUAGAAAACUACGCACGUUGUUAGGAUUUUUUUAGGUGAACGUGUACACAGAUCGUCUAUCAAUCUGCUUGUACAUUUCUUCGGCUCGGAAUAUGGCACAUACUUGCACUUUUAUAUUUGUAAAUUGUUUGGAAGUAUCUUAAAUAAAAAUGGAUAUAACCACAUUAUUUAAGGCCUGCGUGAAAACUAUACGAACGCGCAAUAAAGCUUUUGGAGUGGCGGAUACUGAUAAAAACAGAAUUUUUGGAACCAGGACACAAAGGAAUGAAUUUAAUAUUGGAGCAAAGGAAGUACUGGGACAAAUAACACGUCUGAGGGAUUUUCUGUUAGAACAUAGGAAAGCAUACUUAAAUUUUGCAAGUCAUCUGUCAGACAUUCCACAGAUGACAGAUGUAGAACGAGACAAAAUAGACUUGGGGGCUCAGCGUAUAAUGAACACAUGUUCUCACUUAAUCCAGGAGUUCAAGAAAGUGUCUUACAAAAUGGAUGGAUCACCACAGUUACUGGAACACAGAGAAGCAGUUCUGGAUCUGGUUGAAAGUUACUUGAAGUCAGUAUGCAAGAUUUACUCUCAGCAGAGAGCAAUUAGAGUAAAAUGGGCUCUUGAGAUGCAGAAAAUUUCAAAGUUAGGAAUUGAUUCAAAGAGAAAUGGUGACAGUCGUGCAGUUUCCCAUAAUAGCUCAGACAUUUUUUUGAAUGAUAAAAAGAAUGACAUUCUGAGUGAUAGCAAUUCCGGUCAAAGGAAGGUGCCAGAGACAAGCAGUAAUACUGAUGUACCAGCAUUCUUUUCAGAUGAUGACCAGCUUUCUUCUGAGGAGAUGCAGAUGUUUGAAGCAGAGAAUGCACAGUUAUAUAAUGAACUGAAUAGUUUGACAGAGGAAGUAAAACAGAUUGAAAGUAAAGUUGUGCGUAUUGCUGAGCUGCAAGAAAUUUUUACAGAGAAGGUUCUGCAGCAGGAUAAGGAUAUAGACAGGAUUACAAGUACAGUAAUUGGAACAACAGAGAAUGUUAAGGAUGCCAACGAGCAGAUACGGCAGGCUAUCCAAAGGAAUGCUGGUUACAGGGUAUGGACAUUAUUUUUCUUCAUUGUAAUGUCAUUCUCAUUGAUCUUCUUGCAUUGGUACAAUGAUUAACAAUAAAGUGCUUAUGUAAGGAUUAGCUACAUAAUUGUGGUUUAGUUUAAGGUGGACAUGUACAGCAUCGGGAAAAUAAUAAUUUACAUCUACUUUAAUUACAACAGUCAUGAUGCUUUUUUAAAGUAUCAUAUGUAUAUUUGUAGUGUGUAUCACACCUGAGGAAAGUAAAAAAUGCAUAUAUUCAGUGCUUUUCAUUUUCUGUUCAGGGCAAAUUAGAUGUAUGUUUUUGUUAAUGAUCAGAAUAAUAAUUAUGUAUGAUACAAAAUACUUGUUCAUGACUGAGUUUUUAUUUAAAUAAACUGUAAUUAUAUGUCA